AGCCCUUUCCAACUCCUCAGCUGUCACUCCCCCAAAACCUCCAUUUCUGCAUAAAGGAAGCAAGCCGCUACAGCUCUUCCCGUUAUAUCGCCUAUUUAUCGUUUGAAAAUAUCGGGCAGCAUAUCGGGCCUGAUCUAGGACAGAUGUCGCUCUUUCAGCUGUCGGCCACCAUCCCUUCAUCAUCGUCGUCGUUUCUGGGCCAAACCACCUUAAAUUCCAGCCGGACGCCGAGGGUUUCGGUCCCGUGGAGGAGCCGCGGCACAUGCAAAUGCGUGGUCAUGCAGCCUACUGAAACCUCUGUUUACAAGACGAAGGUCUCUCGCAACGGAAACAUGGCAAAACUUCAAGCUGGUUAUCUAUUCCCUGAGAUUGCCAGAAGGAGGUCUGCACACCUGCUGAAGUACCCAGAUGCACAGGUCAUAAGCCUUGGAAUUGGUGACACGACUGAACCCAUUCCAGAAGUUAUAACAUCUGCCAUGGCAAUGAGGGCAAAUGCAUUGUCAACAGUAGAGGGUUACAGUGGUUAUGGAGCAGAGCAAGGUGAGAAGAAAUUGAGGGCUGCGAUAGCAGCUACGUAUUACAGGGACCUUGGUAUUGAAGAAACUGACAUAUUUGUCUCAGACGGUGCAAAAUGUGACAUUUCCCGUCUUCAGCUCCUUUUUGGGUCUAAGGUGAAGAUAGCUGUGCAAGAUCCUUCAUAUCCGGCAUAUGUAGAUUCAAGUGUUAUUAUGGGCCAAACUGACUUGUUCGACAAAGAUAUUGAGAAGUAUGGAAACAUCGAGUACAUGAAAUGCACACCGGAGAAUGGUUUCUUUCCCGAUUUGUCGACAAUUUCACGAGCGGAUGUCAUCUUCUUCUGUUCACCAAACAACCCAACUGGCUCUGCAGCAACAAGGGAUCAGCUGAAGCAGUUGGUGCAAUUUGCAAGAGACAAUGGGUCGAUCAUAGUCUACGAUUCUGCUUAUGCCAUGUAUAUUUCAGAUGACUGCCCACGGUCUAUCUUUGAAAUUCCUGGAGCAAAAGAGGUUGCGCUUGAGACGGCAUCUUUUUCAAAAUAUGCCGGGUUCACAGGAGUUCGUCUUGGUUGGACUGUAGUUCCAAAAGAUCUCCUCUUCUCAGAUGGAUUCCCUGUCGCCAGGGACUUCAACCGCAUUGUCUGUACUUGCUUCAAUGGUGCAUCCAACAUAUCUCAGGCUGGGGGAUUAGCUUGCCUUUCUCCUGAGGGCCUUAAGGCUAUGAGUGAUGUGGUUGGUUUCUACAAAGAGAACACGCAAAUAAUAGUCGAUACGUUCACCUCCCUCGGUUUCAAAGUGUACGGAGGGAAGAACGCGCCAUACGUGUGGGUCCACUUCCCUGGCCGGAGUUCUUGGGACGUGUUCGCAGAGAUCCUUGAGAAGGCACACAUUGUCACUACCCCAGGCAGUGGGUUCGGACCUGCAGGUGAUGGUUUCAUCCGAGUAAGCGCCUUUGGUCACAGGGAGAAUGUUCUAGAAGCCUCUAGAAGAUUGAAGCAACUCUACAAGUGAGGCUGACAGAGUACUUGCCAUCCAAACAGGUUCUGCUUGAAAAUGCUAUUUAUACUGCCUGCCAUUUCCAUAUUUGAUUCCUUAAAAAAUAUUUUUAUUUCUUAGGACUUGCAGGAUUGAGUUUGUUUUUUCAAUCGACAUUUUUAUUCUGUUUUAGCGAGACCACAUUGUCAGUAGCUCGUAAGAAAUUGAUGCUGGAUGGUCCGGUAGAUUAUUAUUUUAGGGUUCUUCAUUUCA